UAUUAAAACCAGCAUAACUAGUCCCAUGUUUGGUAGAAUUUCUGUAUUGCUCGUUUCCAUUGUUUAGUAAUUCUUCAGUAGCUUGACGGAGAUAAUAUCUCCCAUUUUGGGUUCUGAGGAUUUAGGGGUCGUUUGGUUGUUGGUUAGGAAGUUAUUUAUUCAUGUAUUAAAACCAGCAUAACUAGUCCCAUGUUUGGUAGCAUUUUAGUUGCCAUAUAUAAAAUUCAGUACACCAAGUACGGUGUUUGGUUACCAGUUUACAAUUCCGCAUAACUAAUACAUGUACAAGUUAUGUGAGAAUCUAUGUAUUAUUUUAUGCAAGGUAGAAGAUGGAAUAACUAAACCCUGCAUAACUAAUACAUACAUGAUUAUUCCCUACAAUACUAAUACCUGCAUAACUUCAACCAACAACCAAACGACCCCUUAAGUUUUAAUAUUCCACUAAUUUUGGUAGGUUGUGCCGUUAUAACAUUUCAGAAGACUUGAGAGAGUUGGCUUUCUGUACAGUAUAUUUUCUUUAGCAGUGUACAUUUUAACUCAAAUAAGUUGUCUUUUUCUUCAAAGAUAUACUUUUGCUUGUUGGUGCUCUGGGUGAACCUUUAAUUUUCUGUAUUUUGAUAUUUCUACUUUGACUACUGUUCUUAGAAGUUCCGUCUGGAAAUUCUUUGUCUCUAUUCUAAAUAAAGAUAGUCCGUUUUGUUGAAAAAAGUCUUCUUCUGUAGGCAGGAUCCAGCGACAGAACUAAUUUUUAGAUUUCCAUCAUAACCUCUAAUCUACUUUACUCCAUGGGAAUACAUUUAUAAGGUUUAUGUCUUUACCUUUUUCCUUCGCCUAAAUACAUUUAUAAGGUUUAUGUCUUUACCUUUUUCCUUCGCCUAAAAGGCAAACGCACUGGCAUUAUAACAAAAUUUUAUAUUUCCUGACCUGAGUAUCUAUUGGGGAAACACGGGACCUGAAAGAGUCCACUUUCCAUGUCUAAUGAUGGUUCUCAGUUCGCGGAAACCGAGAUAAGUAUUGACUUUGCUGAGAAAAUCGAUUGUGAGGAAUUAUUUCAGAGCUCGGAGGUUCUGGAUAUUUCUGGAACUAGCAAAAUGGAAGUGGAAAAUGCAAAAUUGAGUGCUGAACUUGCUUCUAAAAUAACCUUUAUGUGUUCUACCUGUCCUGAAUUUGAUUAUGAAUCGCUCGAUGACACUAAAAUCGAUAGUUUACUAAAAGAAGCAAGAGAGAAAACCUCUGAGGCUCUACACGAGAAAGAAGAGUAUGAAAAACACCUUCAUUCUAUGCUUAAGGCGAAGCAAAUUCAAUGUAAAUCUUAUGAAAAACGGAUUCAGGAGUUGGAACAGAGGUUAUCUGAUCAUUACUCGCAAGGGCACGCACAUUCUGCUGAUGAGGGUGUAUCUAACUUAACUGUUUCAGCCGUGAAGAACGAUGACAGCAAGCCUGCCGAAGUCAUGGAUGAGGUUUCUUGUCCCUUUAGUUCAUCAAAUAUCAAAUCUGGCUCUAAACAAAUCAAGGAACAAGAAGGCUUAGAUGAUAAUACGGUUGUUUCCUCUGGUAUGGUGAACCCUCAGUUGGAUACAUCUAUGCUAGAUCCACAUGGCGAUGAAGAGCAUGAAGACCACCUUGUGGAAGAUAAGAAAGAUACGGCACUUGCGACAAGUUCAAUGGCUGUGAGUAUAUCCCAGCCUCAGACCGACAUGCCUUCUGACGUAACUGCUGAACAAGGUUUGCAUGCUAAAGCUAGAGAGGAUCUUCUCCUGGAGUUGCAAGGUGUCCUGGGUGAUAAAUCAAAGCUACUGGAUGAAAGCGAAAGCAAGGUGAAAUCCUUGACAAAGGAGGUAGCCAAACUGGUGACGGAGUUGGAGAUCAGAGGAAAGAUUCUUGAUGAAUCUCAGGUAUCUCCAAAGGGCACUUCAAGGUAUCUAUCAUCAUCAAGUGUCUUUCAAGAUUUUGAAGUUCCUUUGCUUGACGCCUCGUGAAGGGUCUUGAAUUAAUGAUGGUGUGGUGGUUAUCGGUUCUAGUAAAGUCUCUGGCCAUAAAUGGCAUCAUAGUUGAAUUCUUUAGUAUUUAGCUUCAUCUGGCUGAUCGGAAUCAUUGCUUGUUAGAUGGCAAACAAAGAUCAUAGUUCUUAUUGAAGAUUUAUUGUUGCCCCAGGAAUGUAAUAAUAUAGCAAGCUCUCGAGUACCAUUUUGAUAAGCAUUCAUUCAAUGUAAUAUCUUACAACAGAACAACUUAAGAGCAACUUUUUUUUUUUUUUGAGUUACUUUUCAAGUAUUUCUUAGUAUGGUAAUUUAGAGAACAUUACUGCACUGAGUCAGUUGUUGAUGUUAGAAUGAUCUCUGCUGGACUUUGCUUGAGUUUUCCACACAUUCUGGCCCAUAUUAUCUGUUUGAAUGAUGGCCUGUAAUUAGGAUUUUGCACCUAGA